UAUUUUAUUAAUUAUUAUUGUUUAUGAUUUUUUGUAGAAAUUAUCAAGUCUUUUUAUUUAUUAAAAGUUUCAUUUUUCUGUGCUUGGGUUCCAUCUUAGUGAUUCCUAACCUUUUGAUUCGAAUCACGUAGUAACGGAUCGGCGGUACGUGAUACAAUUACGAAGAAAUACAAGUUCGAAUUUUUCAAGGAAUACGCUUUCUUUCGGAUAUUACAACUAUAUUGUUUAAUCGCGUUGUUUUUUUUAUGGUGACACGUGUGAACCAUACAAGCGAAAAUAACUGUGAAGACGGCAUGUCGAUUUACGUUAGAUCAACCGACACGCAUUUGGGAACAUUAACAAGGAUCGUGGGUGUCUGUACAGCGAUCGUUGUAUGCGGAGUCGGAGUGGAUGUGGCGUAUCGUCGACAUAAUAUGGGGCUUUACGUUACAAUUUCAUCUAUGAUGAUCUUUUUUCUCGAGAUAACCUGGGCCAUCACUUUAUUUGUACAAAUUUGUGUCAGAAAUGAGGAGGCUCUUUGUUCGUAUUGCUGGUCGCGCGUACUCGCGAUAACGAGGGGUUGGCGAAGAACAUUAUUUUAUCUACCACUCUCCUGCAUUUUGGCGUGGAAACCGCACAAACUCGAGCUUUCCUAUGUCGCGGCUGGCUUGUUAGCAGUUUUAUCCUUUUUACAUAUUGCUUCAAGCAUUUUAGAAAGACGUAUAGCUUUUCAAUCAAACUCUGGUACAGAUUCUGUUGGUGAAAGUCUUUUAAAUGCAAGGGCCGAAAAUUAUGAUCGCUUCGAAGAAGUUUUGGUACCAGAAGUAUUGGAUGACGGUGUAUCUGGGCCAACAAUACGAAUUGGUGACAGCGACGGGGAAAUAUGACACGAACAUCAAACCUCUUGGGUCAGUGACUCCGAUGAGGAUAGUGAACCUGAACCAAAGAUGUGUCAAAUAGCUACAGUGUCUUAACUAUAAAGUUGUCACAGAAACAGAAUAAGAUUCUAAUUGAAAAAUACAUUUCUUGAUAUAUUUCGAAAUAAAAUAAACGAGAGAAAGAGAUUAGAUAUUCUACGUUUUAAAAUGAAAUUUUUCGGGACAUUUUUCGAGAAUCAUUUUAACAGAUCGAAGUCAAUAAUUGUGUGUCCUAAGAAAAAAUUGUAUAUGUAAUGGGAAAUAAUAUAAUUAAAAGGUGAUAUGUUAGGAAAGACUGAGUUAUCAUGCGUUAUAAAAAUAUAUAAACCCUUAUAACAACAAUCAAAUUUGACACACGAAAUAGGAAAUAGAAAACGAGCACUAUCAAUGAAUAAAUAGAUUUUAAAUAGUCCAACUCAUUAUGUUUUCUUAUAACACUUUUUUUUAUCCAUUGCGAUAAAGUUUAAGAAACAAAAUAGAAUAUAUAUAUAGAAUAAAUUUUAAAUCAUAUUUAAAAAAAGAAUUGUUUAACGCGAUAUGUGGAUUAUAAGUUAAAUUAAUCGUUCGUUAAAAAGAAAUUGUACAAAUUAAAGCAUACGAAGGAUAAACAUUUGAGUAACAAGUGUUUUUAUUAGUUGAUAUAGAAGUGUAUUUCUUACUUAUGAAGUCUUUUUUACACAAUUUUAUAAUAUAAUGAAUUCAUUUAUAAUGAAUAGAAAAAUGCAAUGUAUUAUCACAUAAUGUACAAAAAAUUUAUUAACAUAGGUGCUGAUUCAUGAACGUUAUGUAUUAUAGAAUAUAUUAUUAAAUGCUCGUAUACUGGGUGUAAUCAAAAGUACGCGGCAUAAUUUCAGGAAUGUAAGUUAUAUCGAAUACAUGAUAUAAUCUAAAAAAUUAUAACAUAUUUGAACCUGAUACAACUAGUGUUUUGUAUUUAAUUUUAGUCAAUAAAAUAAACAUAAUUGUUACACACCAAGAUCGUUUAUAUACUUGAAAAUUAUAAUUUAGAAAUUAAGCAUUUCUAAACUCACAUUAAUAUAAUAAUGUUUCUUCCUAUAUGUGAAGAAUUUAUUUCUGAAGUUUCGCCGCGUAUUUUAAGACUAAUUAACGUAAGGCUCUGUGACACAGCCCUGUAUUUAUUACCAUAACAUUGAUAAUAAAACUUGAAAAUAUAUAA